CACAAGUUGGAAAUGACUUAAAGACACACAACAAUCCCUUACUGUUGGGACCUGCUACAUGACAGCUCUAUUUGUGACCAACACGCUUGAGUCUCAACCUCAAUCUAAGCACCAAGGACAUCCUGAUCAGCUUUGAUGUGGUGUCCCUUUUUACCAAAGUCCCAGUAGCUGACACCCUCACACUAAUCAAACAAAACUUCCCAGAAGACAUCACAGCCCUGUUUCACCAUUGCCUCACCACUAGCUACUUUCAGUGGGACACUGGAUUCUAUGAACAAAAGGAUGGAGUGGCCAUGGGGAGCCCUCUCAGCCCAGUAGUAGCAAAUUUCUAUAUGGAAUACUUUGAAAAACAGGCCCUAGAAACAGCACCAAAAAAGCCAACUGUUUGGUUCAGAUACGUAGAUGACACCUUCACGAUUUGGAGCCAUGGAGAGGAAGAACUCAGCAAGUUCCUGGACCAUCUUAACAGCAUCCACCCAAACAUCCAAUUCACCAUGGAAAAAGAAAAGGAAGGAAAACUGCCAUUUCUAGAUGUUCUGGUCAUCCGCAAACCCAAUCAACAAUUGGGCCACACAGUUUACAGAAAACCUACACACACAGAUAGAUACCUUCAUAAAAACUCCAACCAUCACCCAAGUCAAAAAAGGAGCACAAUCAAAGCCCUGACAGACCGUGCACAAAGAAUCUGCGAACCUCACCUCCUCCAAGGUGAACUCAACCACCUAAACUGGGCUCUACAGGCCAAUGGAUACUCCACCACAGACAUCAGAAGAGCUGCAAGGCCAAGAACAAGCCAUGAGAGUCAAGACAAAGAUCCACCCAGAGGAAAGGUGUUCUUACCAUACAUCAAGGGAACUACUGACCGCAUAGGGAAGCUGAUGAAGAAGCACAACCUACAAACUAUCUACAGACCCACGAAGAAAAUCCAACAAAUGCUACGGUCAGCGAAGGACAAGAGGGAUCCUCUCUCUUCUGCAGGAGUCUACCGGAUACCAUGCAGCUGUGGACAAGUCUACAUAGGGACCACCAAACGCAGCGCCCAAACAAGAGUCAAAGAACAUGAAAGGCACUGCAGACUAAUUCAACCAGAGAAAUCAGCCAUAGCAGAGCAUUUGAUGAACCAGCCUGGACACAGAAUACUAUUUGAGAACACAAAAAUGCUGGACCAUUCUAACAACUAUCAUGUCAGACUACACAGAGAAGCCAUUGAAAUCCACAAGCAUAUGGACAACUUCAACAGAAAGGAAGAAACCAUGAAAAUGAACAAAAUCUGGCUACCAGUAUUAAAAAACUCAAGAAUCAGAACAGUAAAUAAAAAGCAAUACUCUGAAAACAGAGGAUUUCCAGACAUGAAUCAACCUAGGGCAGUUAACGACUCUAAACAAAGGAUGCCCCAGAGGCAGGAAGAAGACAGCAGAUAAGCUUUUCAAUGCUAAUUAAAGUGAUUAACUACACAACAUUCACCCUGACCUCUCUCACCCUAGACUUUCCACAGAUAUAUAUUUACCUCUUUGCUUAGUUUUCUCCAUACCUCACAACCUCUGAGGAUGCCUGCCAUAGAUGUGGGCGAAACGUCAGGAGAGAAUGCUUCUGGAACAUGGCCACACAGCCCGAAAGACACACAACAACCCUGUGAUCCUGGCCAUGAAAGCCUUCGACAACACUUAGCCUAUUCCUUUAUAGGAUGUUGUCCGCAUAGACUCAUCCAUCUCUACAGUCAUGCUGCAUGAGGCCAGAGAUGCAGGUUCCUGCAGCACUGAGGUUCCUGAAUCAUUAUUCUUAUUCUUCUUAAUGCUAUUAUGUUUUGUUUGCUGUGAUGUUUCCAUGUUCCAGAAGCAUUCCCUCCUAACGUGGCCAUGCAUUCUGGAACAUGGCCAUACCACCCAGAAAACUCACAGCAAUCCAGUGAUUCCAGCCAUGAAAGCCUUUGACAACGUUAUUUAUUUAUACCUUGCUUUUUCUCUCCACAAGGAGCCUCAGAGUGGCUGUGUGGAACCGAUUCCUCACUAGUCUCAAUCUUUGUUAGUUUUCAGGGUCUCAGAACAUUCUUGUUCUUGAGAAUUACAUUUUACAUGAAAAGUUUCCUGAAGUUCAUGUAGAUGUGAUAAAGCUAAGAAUAGUGUUCCAGUGUCCUGGCCUCUUAAUUAAGAUACGUAUUUUCUCAAUUGAGAUAAGAUUUUUUCCCCAGAGUAAUUAUAAAGAAAAUAGUUGCCUUAAAGGGUUUUUAUAAAUGUGUCUUUUCUGUGCUCGAUAGCAAUGAGGUGAAGAUCAUGUAAUGCCGUCUAUAGCUGCUGUUAAUUCAGUGACUGUUUUCCUUAUCAGAGGUCCAGUAUAUUUGCCAGCUAAUUCAGUAUAGCCACCAGUAAUGAACUCUCCAUCUCAGAGGAAGGCAAUAGCAGACUAUCUCUGAAUAAACGUUGUAGGGAAAACUCUUAAUAGAAGCUUAGAGUUGACUGGAAGACAACAGCAACAACCACAGCCAGUACUUUCCUUGGAAGCUUGGUCUGUAUUUGCACUUCCCUUAUUCUAUAGUACACCAUAUACAUUGAUAUUACAGUAGAGUCUCACUAAUCCAAGCUAAACGGGCCGGCAGAAGCUUGGAUAAGCGAAUAUCUUGGAUUAUAAGGACUGAUCAAGGAAAAGCCUAUUAAACAUCAAAUUAGGUUAUGAUUUUACAAAUUAAGCACCAAAACUUCAUAUUAUACAACAAAUUUGACAGGAAAAGUAGUUCAAUACUCAGUAAUGUUAUGUUGUAAUUACUGUAUUUAUGAAUUUAGCACCAAAAUAUCACGAUAUAUUGGAAACAUUGACUACAAAAAUGGCUUGGAUUAUCCAGAGGCUUGGAUAAGCGAGGCUUGGAUUAGUGAGACUCUACUGUAGUUAUCAGUAAUCAACCAUAUGUCUAGGAAAAUGGUACUGAACUACAAUAACUCCCUUAUGUCUUUUUGCACUGCAGCAAGUUUUCUUCAGAAGUACAGAAUGUGGAAGUAUGUGGUUUAAAAUAGCUGUUAGACAACAAUAAUUUCAAAAUCUGAAAUGUAUUCUGAAAUCCUAGAUACAUUUCAUUCUUUUUGGAUUGUACCUUGGAGCCUCAGCCUUAGACUGGAUUUCAGAGACACCUUUAUGCUCAAGUAUUAGAGGAUUCAGUAGAGGACUCAAGAGAUUGCUCAUUUAGAUACUUUGGAGUACAAAUUGAACUCUAUAUUUGAAAAUAAAAUCAGCUGUAGACACAACUGUGAGCGUCCUGUAACCCACCCUGCUGAUCACAGAUGGCCUUCACAAGCCGGAGGCUUGCCAGACCCUCCCCUGCCUAUUGACAUCAGCAUUUGCUUUAUAUAUGUUGGGUUGGGACGAACAGUUCCUACUGAUAAGAACAGAACAGAGGGAGGCCGCAGGGUGGGGACAUAGACCAUGGUGUGAAAUUGCCUGAUUGACUAACACCCAAAAGGGUAGCACAGCACUUUAAAAAUAUAAAAGCAAAUGUGUUACACUGCUCAGGGUCCCUCCAUUUCAGAUGCACCAUUGGAGCCCUAGCUCUCUGUAUUUUUUCUACCUCUCCUGUGUUUUUAAAAAUAAAACUUUCUUUCUGAGAACAAAAAACACCUGGUUAUUUUGCUUGCUGUGUCUCUGCAUUUGCACCUUUUAAGACUCUAGACCUGCUUUAGUAUUCUACUUUCCCCAGAUUCAGAGACAAUUUCCUACCGGCCCAGCUGUGCAGAGGAGAUUGGAAACUUGUUUUGUAGGCUAAGCACAGUUUUGUCUAUUGCCAAAAUCUUAAGCUGUGAUUGAUCUUAACUAUGGUUUAUUGCGCGAACCAUCUUAAUGAACUAUAAUUUGAAACUGUCUUAGGUAAGAUUAAGCAUAGUUUGCUCUGUCAUCUGGGCAUAGAGGAAUCAUGGCUAAUGAAAAAAUGAAGCUUUACAGCUAUGUUGAAGUUUACUGAUUAUCCACUGACAUUUUCUUAGCUGAAAAUUCAAACAGUUUGACAAAUGAAGAUUCUCCACUGGCACUAAAAUGUGCUUAUACUGAAUGAAGUUUUGAUAUCUAUAUUAAGGAUGCUCAUAAAUGCACGCUGCUUUUGUUGUGCCUAAAUCAAUGUCAGUAAAUAAUAUAGGACCUCCAAGAAAUGGAUUACUUUGCCCUUGACAUGUUAUGAAUGCAUUUAGUGAUUUAGCUUCCCAUUUCUCUGACCAGAUGUCAUUCAAAACAAAUGGUAUUGUUCUCUUUCCACUUAAUUGAAUGACUAAUGUUUAUAUGUGAUGGUACUUCAAUUUAAAACUCAUACCUGAUGUCAACUGAAGGUGACCUUGGUAAUGUGCAGGCAGUCCCUGAGUUACAAACAUCCGACUUAUAAAUGUCUUAGAGUUAAGAACUGGGUUGAGACAACAGAAAGUGAGAGAAAUCUGUCACUUGGAAGGAAAUUUACUCAUGAAAGAGUUAUCAUGGGGAAACGUUGUCUCCGCUGCCACAUCCCCAGGCUUCUCCUAGAUAGGAGGAGGGCCGAGGCAGAGACAUGUGGUUGCCGAGAGCUCUCUGGAGAGCGGCCUGUCUCCUCCUCCUCUCAGCUUGGGAACACCGUGGGCUAUUGCACUGGAUUUCAGAGAAACCCUUAUGCUCAGAUAUUAGAAGAUUCAGUAGAGGACUCAAGAGGUUGCUCAUUUAGAUACUUUGGAAUACAAAUCAAACCACAGCCCUCCUGACUAUCUGCCCAUGGCCUUCCCCCCCCCCCCUCCUCCCCCCCAGCCUUGCCCACCUGGCCUGACCCAGCCCGCAAUGAGGCUCCCACCCAAAAAGGCCUAGUUCAUGCCUGAUCUAGAAUGAUUGUGUGUGACAUUUUUCCAAAGUUAAUAACAGCUAAUUUCUUUAACUAUGGUCUGGGUGCAGUGUAUUCAGAAGUCUUGGCCACAAGUGUUAGCUUUGGCACCAGUCAGCAAGACAUGCACUUCCAGUGGCCUGAUUUGUCACAUCAUCUGCUUUCAUUUGCCUCGUAAUCUUGGGACACUUGUGUUAUCAAAAUAGUAGGAAGAUUUAUCUAGGAGAAACCAUUCUGAGGGCCAAAUUCAACUUCAGUUUCACAUAUUCAACAAAAGCAAGUGCCAAGGGCAACAGGGGAGCCAACAGCAAGUGUUUGGCUUGACAGGCCUUUGGUCAAAGCACCUUGGCUGAGAUAUGACAAAUACUGGAGAGGAAGCCUCAGGCGGAUGUAAUCCAGUCAUAACAAUAGUUAUGACACUCUAGAUAACAAAAGCACCCAUUUCCUGGCAGAACACACAGAUGCAGUGAGCUUGUUCUUGCUGCUCACUGUGAACCCAAUAUUGUCACAUAGAUCAAGACGUUUCAACUUAGUGCUGAAAAGCUAUCCUCAGCAGGUGUGCUGAAGUUUUUUUUUAAAUGUCCUGAAAUGUUUCUAGCAGAAUGUGUACGAUGAUUGCUCUGUGAACUAUUAUUUACAGUCUUAGUGCAUUAUCGCACUAGAGCAUGAAUCCACUUUAAAUCUGGUUUCUGCCUCCUGCAGAAUUCUAGGGUUUGUAGUUUGGUGAGGCCGAGGCCCAGGGUUUGUCUGGCUGAGCUGUUUAAAAUCCCCUCCCUAAAGUGGAUUUAAAGUGGAUCCAAACUCUAGUGUGAUGAGGUCCUUAGGCAUGUUAUAUUCUGUUUUGGGGGGAAAGAACUGGGGCAACAUCUGCUUUAAACAGAAAGAUAUACUUCAGUUUUAAAAUAUAAAGACAGAUAUGCUGUUGAUGACUUGCUUCCUGCAGUUCUUAGGAAGCUUUCUAUCCAAGUAGUGUCUUGCCCAGAAUUUUUUUGCUAUAGAGAUAGAGAUUUGUGUCGUGUAUAAUCCAAAGCAUUUCAAGGAUGGAGACACUUAAACCCAUUUUCUGCCUUUUAUGUUUAGGAGUCAUCUCUUUGAGAUCUGAUGAACAUAACAAAUGGUUUCUACAAAUGUUUAUCUUGUCAAAGUGUUGAACUGGGGAAUCCAGAGUACACUUGUCAAUACCCAGCAGCAUUCACAACUCAAACUAGAAAAAAUGAGAUUAAAUGAGCGAAAAGUGAGAGAAUACAGAAGGCACAAAGGCAAAGUGUACUGGAAUUCUGACGUUUAAUAGUUCUCAGUUUGUUCUUAUAUGACUGCAUUGCUCUGCAUAUAAUGAGUAGUGUAACCAAAGAGUUUUCUUCUGGUACUGUGAAAAAGCUGUGUCCAUUGUUUUUUAUGGACGCAUUUAAGAGUAAAUAUGGAUUUAGAAAUCUGAUGAACAUAACAAAUGGUUUCUAUUCAUCCUUUCAAAAAAUAAUUUUGUCUUCUCUCUUGCAACAAACUUAAUUCCCAAGAUUCAAAGAAGUAUUUUCACUAUGGGAAUUCGUAUUACUGCCAGAAGCACCAAAAUGUUUCCCACUCUUUUGUUCC